AUGGCCUCCAAGGCGAUUCCUACUCAUCUCCGCGCCCCUGUCGACGGUAACGACUUUGGUGGAAAGCACCACGGCAAGUCUCAGUCGCACAUGGCUUUCGAAAAUGCCUCCACUAGCGUUGCUGCGUCACAGAUGCGUAAUGCCCUCAAUGCCCUGGGCGACAGCGUGACCGACCCCAACGAGAAGAAGCGCUUCGAGGCUGAGAUGGACAACUUCUUCGCUCUCUUCCGCCGUUUCCUCAAUGACAAGGCCAAGGGUAACGCCGUCAACUGGGACAAGAUUGCCCCUCCCCAGCCUUCCCAGGUGGUCGCCUACGAUGACCUCGGUGCUGAUGCCAACGUUGAGUUCCUCAACAAGCUGGCUGUUGUCAAGCUGAACGGUGGCCUCGGUACCUCCAUGGGUUGCGUCGGUCCCAAGUCCGUCAUUGAGGUCCGUGAGGGCAUGUCCUUCCUCGACCUGUCUGUCCGCCAGAUCGAGCACCUCAACCGCACCUUCAACGUCAACGUUCCUUUCGUUCUCAUGAACUCCUUCAACACCGACCAGGACACCCAGUCCAUCAUCAAGAAGUACGAGGGCCACAACGUCGACAUCAUCACCUUCAACCAGUCCCGCUACCCCCGUAUCAUCAAGGACUCCCUCCUCCCCGCCCCCAAGAGCUUCGACGCCCCCCUCCAGGACUGGUACCCUCCCGGUCACGGUGACGUUUUCGAGUCCCUGUACAACUCCGGUACCCUCGACCAGCUGAUCGAGCGUGGCAUCGAGUACAUCUUCCUCUCCAACGCUGACAACCUCGGCGCUGUUGUGGAUCUCCGCAUCCUCCAGCACAUGGUUGACUCCCAGGCCGAGUACGUCAUGGAGUUGACUGACAAGACCAAGGCCGAUGUCAAGGGUGGUACCAUCAUUGACUCCGAUGGCAAGGUCCGCCUGCUUGAGAUCGCUCAGGUUCCCAAGGAGCACGUCAACGAGUUCAAGUCCAUCAAGAAGUUCAAGUACUUCAACACCAACAACAUCUGGAUGAACGUCAAGGCCAUCAAGCGUGUUGUUGAGGAGAACGAGCUCGAGAUGGAGAUCAUUGCCAACGAGAAGUCCAUCCCUGCUGAUAAGAAGGGCGAGGCGGACCAGGCCAUCUACCAGCUCGAGACCGCUGUCGGUGCUGCCAUUCGUCACUUCAAGAACGCCCACGGUGUCAACGUUCCCCGUCGUCGUUUCCUGCCCGUCAAGACCUGCUCCGAUCUGAUGGUCGUCAAAUCUGACCUCUACCGUCUCGAGCACGGCCAGCUCGUCAUGGACCCCAACCGCUUUGGUGGUGUCCCCGUCAUUAAGCUGGGCUCUGACUUCAAGAAGGUCUCUGACUUCCAGAAGCGCAUUGCCAGCAUUCCCCGCAUCGUCGAGCUGGACCACCUCACUGUUACCGGUCCUGUAAACCUCGGCCGCAAUGUCACCCUGAAGGGCACCGUCAUCAUUGUUGCCACGGAGGGCAGCACCAUUGACAUUCCCCCAGGAUCCGUUCUGGAGAACUGCGUUGUCCAGGGUAGCCUGAGAAUCCUUGAGCACUAG